UGAAGGUUGCUAUAUAUUUAAAUAGACCAAUAUUACUGGAACAAUGGAGGCUGGUGCAGGGACAGGAGGGUUUUUGGUGCAAUAUCGCGGUAUUUCCUCCAAGUUAAAGAAACGCUUCCUGCGCAAACCUAAUGUUGCCGAGGCUAGCGAUGAAUUUGGCCAGCUUGCACGGGAACUGAGUGAGGGCGAGGCAUGGGCACAGGCUGGCCUCUGCUGUGUGGCAGUGGCGAAGUGUGAACAAACUCUGCUCAAUGCGUCAACAGAAGUGUCGGCAGUGACGCAGGCGGCACGGUACUUCCUCAAGGCAGAGACCGUGAACCACCAGCUGCACUGCCCAAGCUUCAACGAGCACCUCAUGACGGCCAUCAGCUGCUUCCAACACGCCAUCCAGCUGUACAUGGAGCAGGGCAAGCCGGCACUGGCAGCAUCCUUGGCCGUUGAGUUAGGCCAGGCCCUGCGUUCACUGGGCAAGCCAUCCGAGGCCCUGACGUGGCUGUGCAUGGCGGCAGACUUCCACACCGCUUCGCCCUUCCACCACCUCACUUGCCUCAGCUACAUCGCCUCCUGUAAGGUUGAACUAGGGGACCUCCAUGGAGCACUGAUGAUGUUUACCCAGAUCACCAAACUGAUCACUGAGACAGCAGGGAAGCCUCUCACUCACGCCCAUAAGGACAUCUUGGCAAAAUGUGAGAUUUCCUCCCUGCUAAUUCUGUUGACCCUGCAGCCCCUCCCACAGCAGACCAACCCAGCACAUGCCCGCCUGCUGGAGAAGUAUUCCUGGGCCACACCUGACAUGCAGAAGCCAGAUGUACCCUAUGAUGAUGCAGAGCUGGUGGUGCUGCUGCAGUCGCUGGUCCUGGCAUGUCAGGGUGGGGAUACCGAGGCGCUAUCCUCCCUCAGCCAGCACCUAACACCCCUCCUUGGCCCAGACCACCUCCACCUCCUCCACAUCCUUGUCACUGAGAUGAACAGGAGCUAGUGAUGUGAAGUAGGUGGUAGUGGUGGUGGUGGUGGUGGUGUGUUUGGUGGGUUUGUCUGUGUGUGUGUGUGUGUGUGUGUGUGUGUGUGUGUGUGUGUGUGUGUGUGUGUGUGUGUGUUGUUUUGUAUGUGUUGUUUAGUUUAUUUAUUUAUUUUUAUUUUUUAUUUGUCAUUUUAGUUUAGUGUGUAUUUUUUAUUUGUCAUUUUAGUUUAGUGUCAUUUUUUUUUCAAGUUUUCAUUAUUAUUGUCAUUGUUUGGUUUAUAUUUUUCCAGUUUUCAUCAUCAUUUACUUUCCUUUUCAUAUUUUCCUUUACCUAUUUAUCUUUUUUUUUCUUUUCUCAUUAUUAUAAUCUUUUUUUUUUCAUCAUUUAUCACUUAGCUUCUAUAUCAAGCUUUCAUUAUCAUUUGUACAUUAUCUAGUUUCCAUUUCAAGUUUUCAUCAUUAUAAUCAUCUACAACAGUCUUUAUUUAUUAGUCCUCUUGUUGAGUCCAGCACAGGGGAUGUAUAAAAUUAAAAUUGUAAAUAUAUAUAUAUAUAUAAAUUUCACAUAUAUAUCUGUUGAUCAUUCUCUCAUUAAUCUUAAAUUCACCAAUAACUUUUAUCUAUUGAAUUCAACUUGUUAACUUAUGUAUGUGUGUGUGUGUGUGUGUGUGUGUGUGUGUGUGUGUGUGUGUGUGUGUGUGUGUGUGUGUGUUAAUGCAGUCAGUGGUGAGCUAUAUAAUAUUAAGCAAAUUUGUACAUAGGAAUGAUACAAAAUAUACAUAUUUUAUACAGGGACUGCCACAUGUAGGCAUAACAGCUCCUUGUAGCUUCCCUUGUUGUUCCAAAGCUUCCUGUUGACUCUGCAUUAACAGCCAGAGAAAGAUACCCUGCUAAGCCAUCACAGGAGUCAAACAAAUACUUAAAGACUACAAUAACUUCCACUAGUCUGUUGAAAGUUGAGGUUAAGUGCCCAAAUACUUCUGAAAAUGGACCCUAGAGGAUAAAAAUACAGUUGAGGGUUGCCAGCUCAGACAGACCAUGUUCAGCAAUCAUAGGAGUCGUACAAACAUUUACAGACUCAAAUAAUUUCCACUGGUCUUGAAAGUUGAGAUUAGCUGCCCAAAUGUUUCAGAAUAUAAACCCUAGAGAAUAAAAAUACAAGCGAGGGUCCCAGCUUUCUAAUUUCAUUCCAUUUAGUUGCAUUUUUAUCAAUUUUCAUUCCCCCACCUCUGCUGCAGUUUGUAAGGCUGGGCUGUCCUGGUUACCUGUUGUGAUUAACCAGGAACUCAAAGGACAAACAGCCCCAGAUGGUAAACUAAUAAAAUUUAUAUAGAAAACUAAAUAA